AUGCCGCAACGACGCCGCACGGUUGUGCCUUUCCCCAUCGCAGAUGACCCCGACCAGUCGACGGGCGGUCGCACGGAGUUGUGUCGGACGCCUGCCGAGCUUCCCGCCGAUCACUUUCUCGCUCCACGCCCAGCCGGCUCGAACUUGACACAACCUGAGAGUCACAAUUCGCCCGACCACGACUCCUGGCAACGCCGUGCACGCCCCGAUACAUCCUCCUUGGCCGCCGCCGACUACGACGUCUCUGUCGCGACCGGUUUCUUGCCUCCCGACGAGCCCGUGCAACAGCUGCAGCUCGGAAUAGAGUGGCAGCGCUUCGAGAGAUUACUCGAGAUGGCCCAGAAGGAGGUGUCUCGGCUUGUAGGUGGCGGUGUGGGUCGAUUGAGCGAAUCGUGGCGACGACAUCUGCGCGAGGUAAGACACACCCGUCCGCUUGACUCGGGAGCCCCGAAAUUCGAGAUCACCAAGGCUGAUUCUCCCGUGUUUCAUCUCGACCAUGCUACAGCUCCCCCAACCUCCUAUUUAUGAACUCACAUCACUUCCAUUGCUUCGUCGAGCCCACGUCGUCCUCACAUACCUUGCGCACUUCUACACGCAUGCUGUCUAUCCGUACGACACCCACAUUCCAGCGACGGUCUCCGUUCCCCUCGUCGAGAUCAGCAAGAGUCUCGGUCUGCCUCCCAUCCUCACCUACGCUGACACGGUGCUGUGGAACUGGCAUCUUCUUGAUCGAUCGCGGGGAAUUCGAGCGGACAACAUGGCCAUCACCACGACUUUUACCUCGUCUGACUCGGAGAAGGCAUUCUUCUUCCUCUCGAUCCUGUGCGAGCUCCAUGGCCCGAUCAUUCUGCGCUCCAUGUCGUCCACGCUCGAUGAAGCCUUUUUCGCCGAUCGUACGGCACUCGUUCGUAUCGCUGGUCAUCUUGACAACAUCGCUUCGGCUCUCGAUGAGCUGGCCUUGCUCCUGCACGACUCGACUCGUGGGGCGUUCGGUCCAGCACCUGUUCGAGCCUCGAUUAGCGCUCCCGUGUUCUACUGGGAGAUUCGACCCUGGUUCAAUGGAGGUCGUUGGAUGUACGAAGGCGUUGGCGAGCGUGAAUAUGGGGGUCCCUCAGCCGGUCAGUCGUCGCUCGUCCACGCCGUCGACCUAUUCCUCGGCAUCGAUCACUCGCCCCGUCCCACCUCGACGACGAGCACAGCCUCGGUCCCCGCCUCUUCGGGGCCACCGAAGGAGCCUUCUGCAACUCUGCCCAGUUCCGUCGCGCAGGCAAAGGGUCUUUCGGACGACACGUUCAUGAUGAGAAUGUCAACCUAUAUGCCGGGUCACCAUCGCGCCUUCCUCGCUCAUCUGGCCUCCCUCUACCAACCGACCGAGGUUAGCGAGGUCGGCAGCGCCGAGAAGCUGCCCAGCGUGCGCGACCUCGUCAUUCGCCACCCGCAGCAAUUGCAAGAGUCGUACGACCGCGCCGUUCUGUCGAUGAAGAAGUUCAGGGACGAGCAUAUGAAGCUCGCGACCGUCUACAUCGUCGCUCAAGCGAAGAAGGAGCCAGGACGACAAACGGUGUUUUGGCAGGAAUGGGAGGACAAGAGGAUCGAAAAGGAGAGGCUUAGGCAGGAAGAGUCACGGGGCAGGCGCGAAGUGUUGAAAGGCACGGGUGGGACCGACCUCAUCGUCUUCCUCAAGAUGUGCAGGGAGCGUACCAAAGAGGCUCUGUUGGGUUAG